AGUAAUGCUCUUGUUUGAAAUUCUAAUCACCACCAUCUCUCCCUUAAACUAUAUAUCCCCUCUCUUCUCUCUCCAUCUAUAUAAAUAUACCACCCUCCGUAUCAUUCACAACCCAUUCUCUUAUCUCUUGCGAGGUUUGCCAACCUCGCAGAGAUAAAAAUAAACCUAUCCAUCUAUCAAUCUUUCUAUCUAUAUAUAUCAAAAUCAAGCAGCUUUAUUAGAUUGGAAUCUAUGGAGCUCCAUUCUCCAAGCGCCGGCAAGAGAAUAUGGAAUGUCCUUAGGGUGGCCUUCUACAUGAUGAGGAAGGGACUCAUUUCUAAAAGGAAGCUUAUCAUGGACAUGAACUUGAUGGUAAAGAGAGGAAAGCUCGUCGGCAAGAAGACACUUGGCAAUCUUAUGUUCCACCACCACCACUCUCGGCGGCGUGGUUCCGGCUAUGGUUUUCAAGAUUAUGAGUUCUCUUGCAGCAAUAGCCCAAACCCAGUUUUUUUCCACGCUGCCGCCAAACGCCGCCACAACUACUUCCCUUGCAUCCAUGCCAUCGCCGAGGAUGAGUCUCCCAGCCCGAGCCCAGUCAUUGUGCUUCCCAGGAUUGAAUUCUCUCCUCAGACCUCACAUGAUGGCUUAUCUGAGCUUGAUCUCUCUCCGGGAGAUCUACGCAGCAGCCCGCUGGUGUCUCCUUUGUCUAUCAGAGUCUCCGACUUCUCAGAUGAUGAUGGUGGUGAUAAUUCUGUCCUUGAGGUGGACGAUGAGGCUGAGGAGUUCAUCAAGAGGUUCUAUGAGCAGCUGAAAGCUCAAAGCCGCAUUGCUUUGCUAGAGUACCAGGAGAGGGAGUAUCAGAACAUGCUUGUCCGAGGAGCUUAUUAGUCAAUACCAUAUAUUCUACGUGCAUGCAUGUAGUGUUAAUUAGCCUUAUUACAUCUACGUACAUACAUAUAUUUUAUGCAUCUGCUGUUGUUGCAUGCAUUAGGUUUGCCGUAUAAUUCCUCUGUAUUGUUUUCAUUGUGUUGAUUACUGUUUAUGGUACUGUUUGGUAUUGUUGAUGAGAGAUAUCUAUGUACUGUGGUUAUAAUAAACUCUCGGAUGUUUGCAUACACGGGGCAUUGUUUUUAGGUGUGCCCCGUCCAUGUAUUUUUCAACUGUUUGUUGUAUGAGGUGGUGAGGUUUGAAAUAAUGGACAUGAGAAUUGGAUGUGCUGCUAUA